CUGCAGUACAUAAACAUACCAUCCGCCUCACGCGCCAUCUUCUAGUUAGCAGCCGGCCAGAAUUAAGCAGUGUGCAGAACCUCGGUGCUGCUCAUUUCUGUCCAAGUACUCGGUUGUAUUAGCUAUACUGAACAAUGAGUGACAUUGAGGAUGGAAACUAUGAAGGGCGGGGGUCACGCUCCCCAUCUAAAUCGGAUCGUGGGAGUCCAGCUCGGGUCAGGUCGGAGAGCAGGUCCGGCACCCCGAGCCCAUCCCGGGCCUCCAAGCGCUCUGAGUCCAGGUCUCGCUCUCGGUCAAAAUCUAGGUCUCGUUCAAGGCGGCACUCAAACCGCCGCUAUAGCCGCUCACGCUCUCGGUCCUAUUCCCACCGGAGGAAGUCCCGCUCUCGUUCCUACAGCCAAGAAUACCGCCGCAGGAGGAGCCAGAGUACUUCCCCUGCAUCGAACCGGCGCCGUCACACUGGCAGCAGGAGCCAUGACUUGACAAAAGAAGCAUACAGUCAUGGCGGUGAUGCUGAUGUUAGGGCAAACCCUGACCCCAGCACGUGUCUGGGGGUGUUUGGCUUGAGCCUGUACACCACAGAGCGAGACCUGAGGGAGGUGUUUUCACGCUACGGUCCUCUGGCAGGGGUCAAUGUGGUGUACGACCAGCGCACAGGGCGCUCCCGAGGCUUCGCUUUUGUUUACUUCGAGAGAAUCGACGAUUCCAAAGAGGCAAUGGAGCGAGCCAAUGGCAUGGAGCUGGACGGGAGGCGCAUCAGGGUGGAUUAUUCCAUUACCAAACGUCCCCAUACCCCCACACCAGGAAUCUACAUGGGCCGACCUACUCAUAAUGGCGGCGGCGGUGGUGGCGGUGGAGGAGGUGGUGGCGGCGGCGGCGGCAGCAGCAGCAGGAGGGGAAGAGAUUCAUACUAUGACCGUGGUGGCUAUGACCGCUACGACAGAUAUGAGGAGUACGACUAUAGGUAUAGUCGCAGGCGCUCUCCAUCACCCUACUACAGUCGAUACAGGUCUCGCUCACGGUCUCGCUCCUACAGCCCACGCCGAUACUAAGUUCUUCCAACGUUCAGCUUCCCUUCCAAUAACUGAUGAUUCAUCAAGGUGUUUCUGAAGGGAACAUUUUGAAUUAGCAUGUCUUUAUCAACAGAACUCUUCAGUUUGAUAUAGUUCCUGUUUACAUGCAAUAGAUGUCUUAAUUUUUAGAGGUUCUUAUGCAUUUGUGUGGAGUGUGAGCAAAGAACUCGGCUACUACUGGUUGCUGUCGCUUCAUUCUUGGACUCGCAUCUUUCCUUCCCCCCUCAUCUUUGGCAGCAAGAAGUGAUGGUUUAUAUGAUUUAUUGCAUUAAUCACUGUCAGCGUGGUUCAUGAUGGGAAAUAAAAACUGGGUUUUAGUUAA